UAUUUUCCGCUGCAAGAUCUGGUAACACUGAAAAGAGGAAUUUUUGCGAAAAUUCGCUUUGCUACCGAGUUUUCAUUGAUUAAACAAAUUCCAAGCAUCGUCAGCAACGUGGAAAAUGUCUCUAUUCCGCAAACCAAAGAAAAUCCAGCGACGCGUAUUUUCCAGCAACGCGGAUGAAGAGGAGGAUGGCACAUCCUUGGAUCCCGAUGCCGAAAUGGAGGCGCCUCCUCCUCCCAUAAUUUCCGGCAAGAAGGACAAAGAGAAAAGCCGGAAGGCCAUAAAGCUACAGGAGGACAACAAUAAACCUAAGGCGCUCCUCAGCUUUGCAGAUGAUGAGGACGAUGGCGAGGUCUUCCAGGUGCGAAAGUCGUCGCACAGCAAGAAAGUGAUGCGCAUGAUGGACAAGGAACGCCGUAAGAAGAAGCGAGAGGAACGGGCGGAACACGGCGGACAUCCCAGUGGCGAGAAUGGUAGUACACAGCAUUUAGAGUCGUCCGGUGGCAUAUCUUCGGGUCCCGCCAAUUCCAACUCGAAUCCUGCCCAUGCUGGCAAAUAUAAAAAUGCCAGUGAUCAGAGUAAAAGUAAAAAAAGUGAUAAUCAUAUGAUCCAAACCGAAAUACGCACAGACGACUUUGUGCUAGUGGUAAAGAAAUCAGAGACGCCUGAAGCAAUUCUCAAUGGUCGAGCUGCCCUGUGUGCUGGACGUGGGGAUAUGAGCGACGAAGAUGAUCAGCAAUCCGAGGAUGGUCACGACCAAACGCGCCACCGCUUCUCCAAGCCAGAGCACUUAAAACAGAUGCUGGAAAGCGGAUCCAUUCCGGAUGCUGCUAUGAUCCACGCUGCCCGAAAGCGUCGGCAAAGGGCCAGAGAACAGGGUGCCGGCGACUAUAUUCCCGUUGAGGAGCCCAAGGAGCCGCCCAAGCUGAGCACCCGCCUACCCUGCGAAGACGUCGAGGGCGAUCAAUCUGAUGAUGAGGAGCGCAUGGACAUGAAUGACAUUACAGGACGCAAAGAACGCGAAGAGCGACGCGAGCAGUUCUAUGCUGUCGAGAAUGAUUCUACCGAAGAAGACUCUGACCGCGAGAUGAACGAAUGGGAGAACCAACAGAUCCGCAAGGGUGUCACAGCUGCCCAAUUGGUCCAUUCCCAGCAUGAAACCGUGCUCUCCCGUUUUAUGAUCAAGCCUACAACUCCCGUGGGCGGGUCCGGCAUAGUUGACGGAGAUUCACCGGCACCACAGUCCACGUCUACGCUUCUUGAGCAGGCUUAUGCAAAGAAUUCCCUUAGCCGCAGCAAUUUAGCAGCAGCAGUUCGCUCAUCCACCAAGUUGAAAAGGGAGAAGGCUAAGGCUACGGCGUUGCGGACCCCGCAGGAGAUUUUUGCCGCCAUUCAGUCGCGUCUCACCGAGCUCAAAGAGCGUUCGGCAGAUCAUAGCGCCAGUAUGGCCAGGAUCAGUAUUGAAUUGAAGGCAUUAAAACUUCAACAGCUUGAAUGCCACCAGAAUGCACCCACAGCAGCGGCAAAGUACAAGUUCUACCAGGAAGUCAAGUGCUAUGUUAACGACCUUGUAGAUUGUCUCUCCGAAAAGGCGCCAAUAAUCAACGAUCUGGAAAAACGAGCACUGCAACAGUACGGAAAAAACCAACGCUAUCUUGUGAAUAGGCGAAGGCAGGAUGUCAGGGAUCAAGCAAAAGAAAUCGCCGAAGCAGCAAAACCGUUAUCCGCUGCCUCUCGAAAAGCACCAGAAUAUGAAGAGCAAGUCCGCCGUGCCGCAGAAAGAGAAGGUCGAAGGACACGCCGCCGAUGCGACCGUGAACGUAACGAUCUGCUCUCCUCUCACCUGGAUGGAAUGUCAAGUGACGAUGAGAUUGCGGACCAGCAACAGGAACAGAGCGCGACGACAAUGGCGCAGAUAGAAUCCCAGUCAGUGGAGGCCUUUGAGGAUGUUACGGACGACUUCAAUAAGAUAGAGCUAAUCCUGUCGAAGUUCUAUGCCUGGCGGAAAACGGACAUGACCUCAUACCAAGACGCGUUUGUUAGCUUGUGCCUCCCGAAACUUUUAGCGCCGCUGGUGCGUCAUGAACUGGUACUAUGGUCUCCGCUACUAGAUGAGUACGCGGAUAUAGAGAACAUGCGGUGGUACCAGGCCUGUAUGCUUUAUGCCUGCCAACCAGGUGAAACUAUGGAGCAACUGAAGAACGAUCCGGAUGCCAAUCUGGUUCCGGCGCUUAUCGAAAAGAUUGUGUUGCCUAAGGUUACUGCUUUGGUCACGGAAUGCUGGGAUCCCUUGUCUACUACGCAGACCCUGAGAUUGGUCGGGUUUAUCAAUCGGUUGGGUCGCGAGUUUCCGUUAAGCGGCACUAAUAAACAGCUUAACAAACUUUUCGAAUCCAUCAUGGAGCGCAUGCGGUUGGCACUCGAAAACGAUGUUUUUAUACCCAUUUUUCCCAAGCAAGUGCAAGAGGCGAAGACGUCGUUCUUUCAGCGACAGUUUUGCAGCGGUCUAAAGCUGUUUCGCAACUUUCUUAGCUGGCAGGGAAUUCUGGCUGAUAAACUAUUGCGGGAGCUGGCCAUUGGAGCACUGCUGAAUCGCUACCUACUGUUGGCCAUGCGAGUCUGCACGCCAAAUGAUGCCAUAAACAAGGCCUACGUUAUUGUGAAUACCCUGCCCACAGUUUGGUUGUUGCCCAACAGCGAGACCCUCAAAAACUUAGAGCUUUUUAUAGGAUAUAUUAAACAAACUUUAGAGAGCUGUGAUGCAAGCAAUCCAGUCUUCAUGCAAUCCAGCGAUAAGGCCAAGCAAAUUCUUCAAAGACUACAUAGUUUAUAGAGUGCGGGGAUUACCAUUCAUUGACCUCUCACAUCAAUCCUAACAAUCAAAUACUCGUUGUAGAUUGCAUGAAAAGCACAAAGUAUAUCUGUCUUGUUAGCAAAUCUUGUAACUAUAAGACUUUAACAAUGUAUAUAAAUAGCAAGUGCUCAGUAAAUAAUUUUAUAAAUAUUAGCUUGAGCUUACCGAACUUGAGAAUAGCCCUUCCAGCCCAAUCAAUUUUAAAUCGUUUUCCUAUAAACAUAAAACCUCGAAAGUGAUAAAGUUUGGAACUCUGUUUAAGGCUCAUCGUUUUGUAUCUGAUUGUAUUUAGGCGACUCGCAUGCAUAGCAAUAAUAAAAACGAUUUAUAAACUAUGAAAA